UUUGUGCACACAUUUUACAGAGAUAAACAAUUAAAUACGUGAAUUAAAUAAGAUAUUAAUAUCCUUUGUUUUAAUGAUCAUAGGUCAGUGCAACAUAUUCUUCUAAAUUGUGUCCUGCUUCCCAAAAUGCACGACACUGCCUCUUGUUUCGAAACUGUAACUCCGGAUUCAUGGCUCGCAAACGAGCAAACUUGGAAAGAAAACCUGCUAAAAUUACCUAACUGGUAUCAGAUACCCCUUAUAAACUCGAAUGCCUCUCAGAACCUGCCCGACGGGACGCUGGUGCGGUUCCGCGGCAUGAUCCAAGACAUGCACAACCCGGAGUUCUACUUUGAGCAGUUUGAAGUGUACAACUCGGAGACUAAUGAGGUUAGGAGCAAGUCGGGAAAAUAUCGGGACACUGCUAAUAUUCUGGAAAAUGAGAAAAUCAACUAUGCAAAUAACCUUCAGAGUGCACAACGUCAAACAAUGGUUGUAGUUUCCAUGCCGGGCCUAAAUGAGUGGGCACAGCAACUUGAGGACCGGCGGAACCACUUAAACCACCUGAAGCAGCAACCAAACACUUCCAAACGUCUCACAUCUUCCACUAAGCUGAAACGGAGCUACGAUGAGACAGAGGAUGAUGCAAUGGAAGUUGUAGAGGAGGUUACGAAUAAGGAGCCUAGGACUAAGGAGACGGAAGCUGCAGCAGCAAAUGUUGUUUCUCGGGAACAUUUGUUAAACUUCCCACUGCCUGAUGUUGCCAGCCAGUCUUGUAUAGUUAAGGUAUACACAGAAGAUGACCAACUAAAGCUAAACGAAAUGAUAGAAGUUGUAGGAUUCCUAUCCGUAGACCCAGCACUGUCCGGCGAGUUCCAACCGGAGAGUGACCCUCUGGUCAACCCACAUAGUGAGAACGAAGUAGAAGCUAUCACACACAACCCGCCGCCCAGCCUUGUACCGAGAUUGCAUGCAGUUUAUGUGAAGAAGUUAGAGCAUUGUAACCCACUAGUUGAAGGAGAGUUUGAUCAAAACACAGUGUUAAGAGAGGCCAACACAGCGCGGGAGCAUUUACUAAAGGCUCUCACAGAACUACUGCUGGGAGACAAACUCGCUGCCGAAUACCUCAUAUGCCACCUCAUAGCCUGCGUCUACCUCCGCCAAGAGACGCUGACCCUGGGGUCCUUCUGCCUGAACAUCUCGAGCCUGCCGACGCGCAAGUACCCGCAGUACGCGCGACAGCUGUACGACAUCAUCAAGCAGUUCGUCACCAAGAGCUACUACUUGCCCCUCACAGUCGACAACAUGAAUACUAUGGCGCUGCUUCCCAAAAAAGACUAUGAAUGCAACCGCCUAACCAGCGGCAUCCUGCAACUGAGCAAACACACGCACCUCGUCCUCGACGAGACCCGGAUGGAGCAAGGCCGCCUCGACGCCGCCGGCGUGCACAACAUAUCCGCCCUCGGCAACUUGAUCAACACGCAGAAAGUCAAGUACGACUUCAAGUACUACCAGAUGGACUUCGAGUCGGAUGUGGCUGUGUUGAUACUUUCAGAGGGGAAAUCGUUAUUACCGAGUGACUAUCACGUCCCACUCCGGCCCGAGGAGUCCUCACUGGAAAUCUUCGACGCCAUCGUGGAGGCCGCCACCUACUACCUGAAGGAGGACAUCAUGAACCUCAUCCGCGCCUACCUCACCAACCUCAAACUAGUCAAGUACACCAUCACAGAAGAUCUGAAGUUUGUAGAAGACGACUUCAUCGAGAUGCGUCGCAGCUCGACCACCGACGCUCCCGUCACAGCCGACGACCUGCACCGGCUGCUCGUGCUGGCCCGGCUAGUCAGUCUGUCGCGCGGACACGACACGCUCAACAAGGACUGCUGGGACACCGCCAAGGCCAUGGAGGCCGAACUACAGCACCGGCUGAAAAAUAGAGUGCCUUCGAUAUAAAAAAUAAACUGUUCGAAUCUUUAAAAGAUCAUUUUGCGAAACUUUUUUUAUUGCAUUUUUAAGCAUGAACCAGUGAUUUAUUAAAUGUUUUUAUUUUUUGA